CGCUGAAGCAAAGGGGGUGGUUGGAAAAGAGCAGCUGCUCCAUGGCACGCAAGAAAAAGCAGACAUUGAAAAGCACCGAAGAUUGCUCAAAUAUCGUGGACUUUGAGGAUCCAUUACUUAUAGCAAGACUCUUAAGAAAUUGUGUUCCUGACCUCGUGUGGGCACUUCGGUCAGACACGGUCGACUGGCGCAGUUUGGCGCGCUGGCAGCUCGUCAAUCGUUUCCCAAGAGCACUUUUUACGACAAAAGUGGGACUGAGCAACGCUUUGCAACACAUGCAUUGGUUCACCGAACAGGGCGUCUCGGACACUUUCUUUCCCCGCAGCUACUGCGUCUCGCAAGCGGAUGAAAUGGGAGCUUUCGUCACCGAUUUCAGACUCACCGCUUGUUUCAGCAUGCUCAGACACGUUUUCAAACAAAAACCUGACCAAGAAGCCCUUCAAAUGCCAAAACAGAUCUGGAUUCCGCCAAAAGCAGUGCAAUUCGCAAUGCGCCGAGCUAAGGAGCACACGCGCCACUUACGACACGAAGACGUUGACGAUCCAGAAAUCACGCACAAAGUCUGGGAAUGCGAGUGGGACCAGUUUUUGACAUAUUACUACCAACUUGUACACGAAUGCGCUCAUGUCGCGUGGGAGAGUCCCCAGCAAAGAGAAGAAAACAUGGCUUCCAUCAAUGAAAUUUUAGAUCAGUUUGUAAAACUAAGGCCGUUUUCGUCUCACGAUGGCUUUUUGAAUUUGUGGAUCGUGAAGCCUGGCGCUCGAUCCUGCGGCAGAGGAAUUCAAAUUAUGAAGCGGCCGAUGCUUAUCUACGAAACAAAAUUCGAUAUUCGGCAGUGGUUUUUGAUAACCUGCGCGCAACCGCUCACUAUUUGGAUGUACAGGGAAAGCUAUAUGAGAUUUUGCUCCCAAAUAUUUGAUCUCCAGAAUUUGCACGAGUCGGUGCACUUGAGCAAUAACGCCGUGCAGUGUCGGUACCAAAACUGCCCUCGCGACAAAGCGCUGCCAGAUGAAAAUAUGUGGGACUGCUAUACUUUUCAAACAUAUCUCCGCUCUAUUGGCAGAGCGGACGCGUGGGACGAAAUUAUCUACCCUGGAAUGCGUUCUGGCAUCAUUGGGACGAUGCUGGCCUCGCAAGAUUGGCUGCAGGACUGCCAGAAAAACUGUUUUGAACUUUACGGCGCCGAUUUUCUUUUGACCGAAAACGAUUUGCAACCAUGGCUGCUUGAAAUAAAUUGCUCGCCCUGCAUGGCGCCCAGCACCAGUGUUACGGCAAGAAUGUGUGCUCAGUGUCUGGAAGAUGUUUUAAAAGUUGUGGUGGACAGAAGGGAUGACAAGGAAGCGUCUACUGGAAUGUUUGAGUUGAUUUAUAAACAAAACAGCCCUCCGGCUCCACCCUAUCAGGGAGUUGCUCUCGGCGUGAAAGGGCGAAGAAUGAUGGCUUCCAGGCCUAAAAGACGACGGCGAAGGCAGAAAAAGAAAAAUGACAAUAGUUUUUCGUCAACGUCGAGCUCCGGAGCUUCGAUUUCUGAAUCAUCAGAGGACGAAAAUAAACUCAAUUUAGUUGGGCAGCACCGAGUCAUGAUGGAUUCACCCCUGAAAGUCGUAAAAGCAGAUUUGAACGCCCCGAAAAAGAAGCCCGUGGGACCACUGUUUAAUUUUGAAAUCUUAAACGACCCGGGGCAAUUAAAUCAGCCACCGGCAAUUUCUGCCUCAGAACUGCGCUCACGUUUAGAGCACCUGCUUAUUGAAAAGAGCAAGCAUGUCUCGCGGCCGUCGAGUUCAGUUCAGAUGCAAACAAAUGGAUCUAGUAGACCGCAAUCCGCUUCCACCCCCAGACCAUUAAAGAAUACUAAAGGGUCUAAAAGUGCAGCCAAGUUCAAAGGGCGCGUGUCUGGAAAGAUUAUGGCUGUGGUUAAGCGAGAUGAUUCAAAGUUGAGCAACAAAACAAGCAAAUGCAAAGUGGAACCGCAGAAAGGGAAACGAAAAUUAAAAGUUUUGGAGAAAAGUUCUGCAGAAACGUCAACGGAUAAAGAGCAGCACGAUUCGACGGGUCAGAGCGACGAGAAAAGUAAUAAUUUGGAUUUGCAAGCAAGCGAAGAGUCAAAUUCACAGAGUUUGAUGCUGCAACCAGAUAAUUUGCGAAGCACAAAAGUUAAGUUGUCCUGCAUUGCAAGUGAAAAUUCCGAAUGUUUUCGAGAUCCAAUUAAGUCAUUGGCUCUCGUCAAGGAGUGGCGCAAGCGGCUGGAAACGACAAGAGCAAGUUGCGAGCAAAUGUUGGCUCAGCUUAAGGCUUUCCGAGACCCACCGGCAGUGCGGUCUAGUCUUUCAACAAUUUACAGCUUGUCCCAAGCUGGAUAGUCAAUAGAAUCAAAUUUUCGUGUUAAAUUUACCAAAAUGUUGAGAUUUAUGAAUUGUAUUGUAGAAAUUAUAUGCAAAAGUUAACGCAUUUUCAUAACAUAAGUUUAUUAGGAUUUUGGGACUGAUUUUACGCUGUUAAUGAAUCCAGUGAUAAAUUAUAGAGCAAUGUUCACGUUACGCACAAUGAUAUCAUUCUGUUUUCAUGCCUAGUUACUUUUCAUACAAAUUAAAUCACAAACCAAUGGUGAUCACAGGCAGUACGAAAUAACAAUAUUGGAAUUUAAAAGUACAUCAAGACUUCUC